AUCCAGGGCUUGGCUCCAACAUCUUCUACAACCUCCUCUACCAUGAGCCAAUCAAGAUCAUCAUGCUGACCGCCUGCAGUAUCGUAUCGUCGGCCGUGGCCGAGGCAGCCAGAAUGUGGAAUCUUAUGGUGAUUGCCUUUGGGUCCAGCUCCCCGGCCCUCUCCAACCGGGUGCGGUUCCCCACCUUUUUCCGGACACACCCGUCGGCCACGGUACACAACCCCACCCGGGUCAAGCUUUGCCAAAAAUGGAACUGGAAACGGAUCUCCUUCCUGCAAGAGACCCAGGAAGUCUUCACCUCCACUAUUGAAGACUUGGAAAAACGCGUCAAGGACGCGGGCAUGGAGAUCUUCAGCCGGCAGAGUUUCCUGACGGAGCCCGACAACGCCAUCCAGAACCUGAAACGGGAAGACGCCCGCAUCAUCAUCGGGGUCUUCUAUGAGGACAUGGCUCGCAGGGUCUUCUGUGAGGUGUACAAGCAAAAGCUGUACGGACCCAGGAAUGUCUGGAUGAUCAUAGGCUGGUACCCGGAUGAAUGGUACAAGACCCCUGACCCCAAAGUCAACUGCACGGCUGAACAGCUGAUGGAGGCACUUCAGUACCACAUCACGACCGAAGCGUUGAUACUCAAGCCAGACGACACACCAUCUAUCUCUGGAAUGACCUCUGAUGAGUACGAAGUUCGCAUCAGCGAUGCCCUGAACGUGUCCAAUCCCACCCAAGUGUCCGGCUACCCCGAGAGCCCACUGGCAUACGAUGCUAUAUGGUCUAUAGCACUGGCCCUUAACCAAACUGCCAAUAGGCUUGCUGACCGUGGAUUGAAGUUAGAGAAUUACACUUACGGUAACUUGGAGAUUGCGGAUGAGAUCUUCAAUGCGCUCAACACCACCAACUUUCCUGGACUUUCAGGUCAGGUGGCAUUCACAGCAACAGGAGACCGUGUGACGAGAACGCAAAUUGAACAGAUGAUAGAUGGAAAGUAUCAUAAGAUUGCUUACUAUGACUCCCUGCAAGAUAACUUGACGUGGCUUGUUCCAGUGGAAUGGUGGGGAGGAAACGGGCCGCCCAAGGAUGGCGUGGACACCAAGCCCCAGUUACGCGUCAUCUCUAAGAACCUCUUCAUCCCUGUGUGCGUCCUGGCAGGACUGGCCAUCAUCUUUGCUUGUGUCUGCAUCAUCUUCAACAUGUGCUUCCGACACACUGGGUACAUCAGCUGUUCUCAGCCCCACAUUAACAACCUGACUGCUAUCGGUUGCAUCAUUGGAUUAAUGAGCGUAUUCCUUAUGGGUCUGGAUGGUCAGUACAUCAGUGAGGACCAGUUCCCUAUGAUCUGCAGCUCGGUCGCUUGGCUCUUGGCCGUAGCGUUUUCCCUCGGCUACGGAGCCAUGUUCAGCAAGAUCUGGAUGAUGCACAGUUUGGUCACUCAGGAGAAAUCAGAGAGCGAAGACGGUCGCCGGAGGCGACGGAAAAUCAGCCUGCAGAAAGUAGAAGUCUGGAAGAUGUACCUGAUGAUCGGCGUCCUGUUGGUGGUGGACUUGGUCCUGCUGACGGUCUGGCAGAUCAUCGAUCCUCUGUACCGUCUGGUGGAAGAUUUUGACAAGGAGGAGCACUACGAAGAGGAUCUAGAGAUACAGCCCCAGUUGGAACACUGUGAGGCUAACCAUCUAUCCAUCUGGCUGGGUAUUUUGUACGCCAUCAACGGUCUGCUGCUUAUAUUUGGGUUAUUUUUAGCCUACGAGACGAGGAACAUGACCGUCCGGGAUCUGAAUGACUCUAGAUAUGUGGGCAUGUCGGUUUAUAAUGUAUCGGUUUUGUGUAUUAUUACAGCUCCUGUUACAAUCAUUAUUCGUAGUCAGCAGGAUGCGGUAUUUGGGUUUGCCGCCCUCACUGUCAUCUUCUGCUCAACCAUCACGCUGAUUUUAACAUUUGUUCCAAAGAUGCUUUUCAUCCGUAAGAACCCGGACGGGAUGUAUACGAAAAACAUGCCGGGUCUUGCGGCCCCCAGCAGGGAGGAUGAGGAGAAGCAUCAGCGGUUAUCAGCCGACAACAUCGAGAUUAAAAGACAAAUAGCAGAGAGAGAGAGGAGGAUACGUCACUUAACGGAUCUCAUCACGCAGCGCGCCAAGACCGUAUCCUCACCUACUUCCAUGCAGAACAAGCCCCCAGAGCGCAGCAUCAGCAGCGGCAGUCCCACGACAACGCGGCGUUCCAGGUCCUCCUUCGGUCCAGACAAGCUGACCCCGCCCACCAUGUCCUGCGAGGACAGCGCCUUUGUCUCGGUAGGUGUUGGAAGCUCGGCCCUCUCCGCGUCUCUACCCCGGGGCCAACGGAACUCGGCGGCCUCGGAGGAAGAAUUUUCGGAGACGUAUAUUUGACGCCAGGAGAGUCAGAAGCCACAGUGGAUCCCGCUCCAGACUGUUGUGGCUGAGGAAGAUGAAGACUUUGACAAGACGGCGUGACGAGGCACCAGACUAUUACCAUCGUUUUGUAUCCAUAUGUGAAUAUAUGUACCUCUCGUCAGAUGCUCUGAAGUGCUUUCCAUUCUUGGGGGCGUGUUUUGGUACGCCCCCUUCCCGCAACAUUUGGUUUUGUAUUGCGUCAAAAAGCAAGAUGGAUGUAACAUGCUGUACUACCCAAGACAGGCGUGAAGUGCAGGGCUAGUCAAUGGCAAGAACGGAGAUUUGUGAUGGAGAACCCACCUGGAAAAACAAUAGCGUUAAAUUUGCACAGGAUGAUAAUCAAGAAAGUAUUUACACAGCCACGCUAUUCAUUUGCCAGUGGGGCUGAACUAGACAUAUGCCACAUUGUGCUGGUUGCAACAAAUGUGCAAAUCUUUGGUUAUAUCAAAGCAUAUGCAAAUUGCAAUGGGAUCACCAACGUCAGACUGAUUGGGGACCAAUUUCAUAAUGCUACUUAUUUGUCAGCAAAAACAUAUGCAUCAGUUGGAAGGAGGCGAACAGAAAGCAGAAUUUUGUCUCGCCGUUCGACAAUUGUUGGUUUUGGUGGGUGUUUCAUUUUUUUGUUUUUAUGGUGUACAAGAAUACUUGCAGUUUUCAGUGUCUUCAAAAUAAUCAGUUAUAUGUGGUCCUAUUGCUGCCACUGUACAAGUGGGGGGGGGGGGAAAUUAAUGAACGAUUUGGAAUCAAUGCCGUGCUGCAAAUUAGGGAGAAAGAUUCUUUCUUUCAUAAACUGGUUCAAGUUUCACGGACCUGCGUGCAUGAACAAACUGAUUCUGUGCUUAAAAAAAUGAACCCUAUGUUUUGAAGCCAGAAAAAAAAUGGUAUUUUGUAAAACGACUAAUUGUAUACAUGUAACGAAGGAUUCCGUAGUUUGCAAUUCUUCAACCUCCGAUAUGUUAUAUAUAUAUAAAUAUAUAUAUGUAUAUCUGUAAAAAUUGGUUCGUUUCAUUUAUGUUUUGAUGUGCUUCAUUUGUUUUAUACCACUGAUGUACAGUUUAUGAAAUUGGUAACGUUGUGCAUCAAGAUUGUAAUAGUCAAAAUUGUGAACCAUUUCUGAAAUUGUUCGGUUUUUUUUUUCUUUUUUCUUUUUUCUUUUUUCUUUCGUUACUCACAGGAAGGGAGAGUCUUCCUGAAGGUAUAAUGGUCCAUUUUUUUUUUAUCAGAAAAUGAGAUUUCGGACUCUGGGGGUCAUAAAUAUACCUUUUAGGCUUCUAUUGUGUUUUUUUCCUUUCUGUUUUUCAAAGAGAGCGUUUGGAUCCACCAUUAGACGGAUGCCUAUAGAUGCCAUAUUUGAAGCACUUGCCAAUUCUUUUUUUAAUGUACAUUCAAAUCAGUUCACCAAAUUUCAAUAAAACCUCCAGUAAUCACCAAUCUAUUAUUAUUAUUUUUUUCCCAUCUGGAGUCAUAGAGAGAAAAAAGGAUGUCUUUCAGUAUUGAAAUUAUUUAUGAAUAAUUAGUCUAGUUUGCCUCAAAUUAUGAAUUAUAUAUAUAUAAAUAUAUAUAUAUAUAUUUAAAACUUUUCAUUAAAGAGAGAAUUGUGAGUGUAAUUAUGAAUUUGAAUGGUAUCUUUCUUUCAUCAAAUUCUUCCAGCUGGUGUUUUUACUCUUUAAUUUUGUGCAGGGAAAAAAAUUACAGGAGAAACUUUCCUGACUAAUUCUUGCCUUAGAAAUUGUUAAGUUAUUACUUUUAAAUGUCUUGUUAAUGAAUUACAUGUCAUUUUUAGCAGCUGUGUCCAAUCCAUUCCCUUCAUUCUUAGUAGUCUUAAAUCUGCAAAGUUGUUUCUAAGCAAGCAAUAAAAGGGUUUUUUUCUCUUAAUUUUAUGGCUGUACAAAAAUAUUCCCAACGUGUUAACCCCUAUUUUAUGCUCAAUCCAGUUACCGCAUGUUGGGGUGUACAAUUUCCCGACAUGGAUAUACCCUCAGUGAACGUGCGAUAACAAUAAAAAGUUGAAGACUAAAAUUGCUCCAAAACUUUUGACGCCUGAAAACAUUUCCCCGAACUUUGCAGGGAUGUAGUCACUCCAUCACAAGUCCCUGCAAAUCUAUCAGGAGUCCUGCAGUCCCAGACUCAAAUCACAAGCUAUUCAACUGAGCUUUGACAAAGGCAUCCCUUUGUUAUUGUUCAUCCAAUGUUACUUGUGACUGGACUUGUGUUUUACUUGCGAUGGACUUGUGAUGGACUCGAGCACAUCCCUGCCCCAGAGAAUUUCAGUUUCCUAAAAAGUUGGCAACAAAGUGCACUGUUAACAAAAGUAACUGUCAACAAUCUACUGAUAUUGGUCAAGUUGUAAACUCGUAAUAUGAUUGUUUGACCCUGUUUAUUUAGCGCCUAAAAUAUGGCCCCCUUCAAAGCAAACAU